AUGGACUCCAGAGCCCCGAGCGCGCAGGACGCCGCGGCGGCGCCCACGCCGCCCGCCGCCCCAGCAGGGAGAAAACCAAAAGCCAAGGCUCCACUUCCUCCAGCUGAGACCAAAUGCGUUGAUGUCUCUUCAGUCGAUGAUUCUGUAGAAUCUGCUGCUUUCAUCAUGGAACCAAAAGAAAACGUGAUAGAUAAAGACAUUGAACUCUCAGUAGUUCUACCUGGGGAUGUUAUCAAAUCUACUACUGUUCAUGGCAGUAAACCUAUGAUGGACUUGCUGAUAUUCCUCUGUGCACAGUAUCACUUAAAUCCAUCAAGUUACACAAUUGAUUUGCUGUCAGCUGAAAUGAACCAUGUUAAAUUCAAGCCAAACACACCAAUUGGAAUGUUGGAGGUCGAAAAGGUAAUUUUAAAGCCAAAAACUUUGGAUAAGAAAAAACCGACACCUAUAAUACCAGAGAAAACUGUGAGAGUAGUGAUCAAUUUUAAGAAAACACAGAAGACCAUAGUGAGGGUUAGUCCAUAUGCUUCGCUUCAAGAACUUGCCCCUAUUAUAUGCAGCAAAUGUGAGUUUGAUCCAUUACAUACACUGUUGUUGAAAGAUUAUCAAUCUCAGGAGCCUCUCGACUUGACAAAAUCUCUUAAUGAUCUGGGACUAAGAGAAUUAUAUGCCAUGGAUAUCAGCAGAGAGUCCUGCCAAAUAUCACAAAACCUAGACAUUAUGAAGGAGAAAGAAAACAAAGGGUUUUUCAGCUUUUUCCAACGCAGUAAGAAAAAGCGGGAGCAAACUGUAAGUGCCCCUGCAACCCCUCUAAUAAACAAGCACCGCCCAACUUUCAUGCGGUCGAAUACCAUUUCCAAACCGUAUGUUUCAAACACCUUGCCGUCGGAUGCACCCAAGAAGAGGCGGGCUCCGUUGCCUCCGAUGCCGGCUUCUCAGAGUGCUCCUCAGGACCUCGCUCUCAUCCAGGAGAGGCCAGCUUCCUGUGUAAUGAAAUCCAUGAGUGUGGAUGAAACAGCCAAGAGUCCGUGUGAAGCAGGCAUAGUGAGGACAGGCUCGCUGCAGCUCAGUAGCACAUCCGUAGAGAAUUCAUCUUUGAGAAGGACUAAGCGAAAAGCACCUUCCCCACCCUCCAAAAUACCCCUGCAUCAAAGUGAUGAAAAUAGUCAUGUGACUGCCCUACAGUCAGUGGAUGGAGCUUCUCCAGACAGUGUUUUGGAAGCAAAUUCUCCUCAGGGGACAUCCAGCCCAGAUUCCACUUCUUUGGCAGAAGCCUCCCUUGGCACUGGGCUCCCCAGUCACGAGCAAUGCACUGCUCCCAAACUGAUGGAUGAAACCUCUCUCUCUGAGUGUCCUGGAACACCUGAGGCAGCUGUGACAUCAUUGACAUCUGGAAUAAGCUCUGAUUAUAGCCUGGAAGAGAUAGAUGAAAAGGAAGAACUGAAUGAAGUGCCUAAAGAUGAGGCUGAAAAGAUUUCUUUGAAGUCACAAGAUAUUCCUUUUAUAUCUACUAAUAUAAUAAAUACGCUGAAAAAUGAUCCUGCCUCAGCCCUUGACAAUGAUAGAAGAGAGUCCUCACAAAACUCCCAGGAAGAAAAACAAGAAACUAGCAACACAGAUGGACAAGGACCACACAAUGUAGUAUAUGAUACAGUCAAUGAAGAGAUGGUAGUUGACAGUGUAAGAAACUUGAAGUCUUUGGGCCCAAGCCAAGAGAAUGUUCAAAAUGAAAUAAUUGCCUUUCCAAUGAACACAGAAGAUAUGAAAAAUGGAGUGCAGAAAACAGAAACCAAUGUAGGAGGUGUUGCCAAAAAUAAUGAUGUGGACUUGGAAGUUGACAAACAGUCAAACUGUGAGACACAUAAAAUUGAUACUACUAUAUGUUACAAGGAAAAUCAUCUAGUAGCUUCAUCAGUACCAGAUCAAAAACUGAAUCAACCCAGUGAAGAAAAGACAAAAAUGCAAGAUGCAGCAAUUCAGACAACCCCUUCCUGUAACAAUUUUGACAGGAAUCACAAAGAUCAUAAUUUCUCUGACUUUAAAGUUGAUGAAAGUGUGCAAACUUCAAAUAACAACAAAUCAACUCAGCAUUCAUCCUUCAUUCCACAAGAUUUUGUAGAUAACUCAAGAGAAUUCAGGAGUCAGGGCACCCUAAUUGUACAUUCAGAAGAUCAGCUUACUCUAAAAGAUCCAAUUUGUGCCCGUGGUAAUGAUGAUCUUUUGCCUCCUGUAGAUGGGAUUGAUAAAAAUUCAGCUGCUUCUUAUCUAAAGAAUUAUCCACUUUACAGACAGGACUACAAUCCCAAGCCAAAACCUUCAAAUGAAAUUACAAGAGAAUAUAUACCUAAAAUUGGAAUGACUACUUAUAAAAUAGUGCCUCCCAAGUCCCUAGAAAUAUUCAAAGACUGGGAAUCAGAAUUCAUAGGGUAUAAAGAUGAUCAGGAGAUACUGACUUCAGGAAAAACACACACUCAUGAGAAUGUGAGAGAAACUGCCAUCCAGACAGAAGACCUUGUGAUUUCUGAAGUCCCAAAGGAACCGCUUCCAGACCCUAAACCCAAGGCUACCUUGAGAACAGAGCCUCAAGUGCACAGUGCUGUGAGUUCACCUGAUGGUGCCAUGGCUAAUCCUCUGACACAUAUUCCCAGAAUGACUAGAGACACUGGCACAGCUCCUUUUGCACCAAAUUUGGAGGAUAUAAAUAAUAUUUUGGAGUCAAAAUUUAAAUCUCGGGUUUCAAAUCCCCAGGCCAAACCAAGUUCGUUUUUCUUGCAGAUGCAGAAGAGAGUAUCAGGUCACUAUGUGACAUCUGCAGCUGCCAAGAGUGUCCAUGCUGCCCCUAAUCCUUCUCCAAAAGAACUAACAAAUAAAGAGGUGGAAAGGGACAUGCUGCCUUCUCCAGAGCAGACUCUUUCUCCCUUAAGCAAAACAACUCACUCUGCUCCACAACUCCAUAUUAAAAAAACUGAUGAUGACAUCAUCAGUCACAAGCCUGCUGGAACCUCUCCUCCUCCCAUACCUCCAAAACCUGUGCCUCUUCCCACUGCUCAGGUAGCAGCACUAAAUCUGAAGACUUUGAGAACUUUCGGUGCCCCACGACCGUAUUCAACUUCUGCUCCUUCACCGUUUGCUCUUGCUGUAGUAAAAAGGUCACAGUCUUUCAGUAAAACACAUACUGAGUCAUCCAGUGAGGGUGCAUGUGCCCAACCUCCACCUGACACAGAGGAAGGGAAGACUCGGUCUGUAAAUAAAUUUGUGGACAUCCCACAACUUGGUGUGAUUGAUAAGGAAAAUAACUCUGCACAUAGUGAACAGAAUUCCCAAACACAGACUCCAACUGACUGCCCAUCAUUCACCCUUAAGAGACAAAGUUCCUUAACAUUCCAAAGCUCUGACCCAGAACAGAUCCGACAAAGUUUGCUGACUGCAAUCCGUUCUGGAGAGGCUGCUGCCAAAUUGAAAAGGGUUACUGUUCCAUCAAAUACAAUAUCUGUGAAUGGGAGGUCGAGACUCAGCCAUGCCAUGUACCCUGAUGCUCGAGACAGCCGUUAAAUGUUUCCCUGCCAUAUUGCACUUUCCCACUUCUACUUCACAGAUCAACCUCAUACUAACGGAGAAUUUUGUCAAAUGUAUAUUCAGAUGUACACUAAUAUAUUACUAUUAAAGUAUAAGAAUGGUAUUAUGGCUUUUACUGCCAAAAGAAGAAUUACUAGAAUUUAUAAUUUAUAAAAAAUUUUGGGAUUUUUUUGCCUUAAGAGCUGAAUAUGCUGCUUUUGAACUAUAAAACAAGGUGUAAAUGACUUUCAUUUGUUUCAAAUGAGAAAUUAUCACUCUUUAUUGAAUUCACUUACUCAUAUAUUCUUUACAAUGGUGACUAAGACAAAAGUAUAUGUUAAGAUUUAUAGACAUAUUUGUAGGACACGUAGCUAGUCAUAUGUAGAUCUGACAUUUGUUAUCUCAGUGUAACCAUUUAAUUGGAAAUGUGUAUGAAGUCUGCUUUGUGCUGAAAGAAUGAUCUAGAAAACUAGUGAUAACAAAUAAGUACAUUCAAUACAAGAGUUAUUCUCAAUGAUCACUUAGUGUGUAAGACUUAUCUUGUGCAUUCUUUAUGUUGUUACAAAUUAAUGAUGAAGUUACGGGAAGUUCAUAGUAUUUUAAUAUUUUGUUAUUAUGGAACACUUGGUUUUUUCAUCUUUAGAACUUAAAUUGCACAAGGAGAGUUUUAAAUAUUUUCUGUACGUAAUUAUGACAUAAUUGUCACACAGAUAUUACACAUUUUAUGUGCCAGAAGCCUUAAAAAUCUUCCUGUGAACAUGUUGAUAUAUUGUGACAGUUAUUUCACAUUUUAUAUGUAGAGAGGAGCAGGGGUUAGUUUAUGUCCAUAUUGGAAAACUUUAAAGACUAUUUGGAAGUCCCAGAAAUCCUGGUUUUAAUUCAGUUAAAAAGAUAAAAUAGUCAUUAAAUAGUUCAGAUGCUAAUAUUCUAAAUAAUAUAUUUACAUUAAAACUAAAAGUGUUAAGCAAAACAAUGCCUAAUUUGUUGGCUUAUACUAUUAUGAGGUCUAGAGCUUGUGGGUACCCUUUUCCUGCUUUAAGAGUUUAUUUGCUCACUUAUUCUAAAUGCUUUGUUCAAGCAAGCUGAUAUUAAGUUUAUUUUCACUAAAGCUACUGGGAUAUCUGCCUCUUUGGAAAAUGUGUUGAUUUUUUUUUUCCUGUUUAAUAAAAUCUAGUUAUAUAUUUGG